AUGCUGAACUGCCCCGCGGGCUUGAUCCUAAAACGCGACAGUAUGUGGAGCAUGAGAAGCACCGAUGAAAGUGACUGCUGCGCAGCCGCUGCGGCUGCGGAAGGUGUGGCGGUCGUUGGCGUGCGAAGUGCUGGAUGGUCGGAUGGCAAUGAAGCUGUUUUCGUUGCAGACGGCAUGAACUUCUACUCUGGGCAAGGUCGCGGUCUCACGGUAGUCACAGUGCGGCCGGACGGGACCCUCGUAGACUCAGCGGCUUUCGACACCAUGACGAGUGGUUCUGACGCGCUGGCCGCGUACAUCCAUGGCAUCGAGAAAGGGUCCAUGGUUUUGAUCGGUGCGCUUGACGAGGCCUCCGCCAAUCUUACAGACACGGCGAAAGCAGCGAUCAAAACCUGCGGAGCAACCAUGAUCGACGGCAGCACCCUCAGCAUGUAG